AUGGGCAACUUGGCAACUGGGAAAGUACCACAAGCGACAAGUCAGAUUCAAACCUGGCUAUGGGACGUCCAGACCACAGCAGCCUUGCCGUACAACAAAAUGUCGAAUAUCAUGAACAGCAACUCCACUCACGAAGCUAAGCCAAAGCUCCCCAAGCAUGUAGUCCGUCGUUACAAGCUUAGGGGAAGCAUCAAGACCCAUGAUGACGAUAACUCCAGCAGCUCAACUCCCUCUCCUCGAUCUUCCACCACAACCAGCUUGGGUUUGGCUACCAUCCACAAGGAUACCGUCCACAAGGGACCCAUUCACGAAGGCCCAGUACAUGAAGAUCCCAGUUAUGUCCACCAAGGUCCGGUAUUUGUUCACGAUGAUUACGAGAAACAGAGUGCAACCAGCAGCAGUAACGGUAGCAGCAGCUCGACUUCCUCGCCUCCUACCGCCGAGGAGAAGGCCACCAUCACCGCCAAUCACACCACCAACACCACUACAACCACCACAACCGCCACCACUACCACCAACCCCCCUACCGGCAACAGCUGCCACAUGACAUCAGCCUUCAUCCUAAUGGAGCAGCACAGUAUCGACAUUGAAACCGUCACCAACGAGCAGUGGGAAGAAAUAAUGUGGUACCAGGUGGCGGUGGUUCGAAAGCAAAGGAGGGAGAAGAGACGGGGCGGACACCAAACGCAUUGCGGAGAAAUUUUUGCUGGCCCUUCUGAGACCGAGGAGGGGGAGAGUGUGAAGGCCGAGGGGAAGAGGCAGUAG